AAAACCGUGAAAAGAAGAAGAAGAAAGCAUUUGUUUCUUUUUGCUAAACAUUAGCUUCACACUCAUUCAUAUAUCAUUCGGCUUUUUAAAAAACAUUAUAGUUGUUAUAUUGUUUUAAUAUAGUGGAGGCUGUUUUGUGUGUUGUAUGCGUCCAGUAUGAGCGGGGGGUUGGCACCAAGCAGAAGCACUGUGUAUGUGUCAAACCUGCCAUUCUCUCUCACCAACAAUGACCUGCACAAGCUAUUCACCAAAUAUGGAAAAGUUGUAAAGGUUACAAUCGUUAAAGAUAAAGAGACUCGCCUGAGUAAAGGGGUGGCGUUCGUUCUGUUCCUGGACAGAGAAUCAGCUCAUAACUGUGCCAAAGCAGUGAACAACAAACAGUUGUUUGGCAGAACAGUGAAAGCGAGCAUCGCCGUAGACAAUGGACGAGCAACUGAGUUCAUAAAAAGACGAAACUACACGGACAAGACUAAAUGUUACGAAUGUGGGGAUACGGGUCAUCUGAGCUACGCAUGCCCCAAAAACAUCCUGGGAGAAAGGGAAGCUCCGAAGAAGAAAGAGAAGAAAAAGAAGAAAGAGGCAGAGAAACCCGGGCAUGUUGAGGAAGAAGAAGAAGAAAGUGAAGAAGAGGGAGAGGACCCAACCUUGGACAGUCUGAGCCAAGCCAUAGCUUUUCAGCAAGCCAGUAUUGAGGCAGAGGAGACGCAGAAGAAGCGGGCGCGUUUGUCUCAAGAAGAAAGUGCUCACGCUUCAACAUCCUCAGACUCCAAGAAACCAAGGAUCAAAAAGAGCGCGUACUUCAGUGAUGAGGAGGAGCUAAGCGACUAACUAUAAUGAUAAUAUAGUUAUAACACAGGGUUUAGACAUAAGCCCUAUGUUAUACAUUAAAUAUUCCUUUAUUUUUGUAAGUUGUAUUGUAUUAUAUGGGAGGUGCAUCCAUUACACAGAUACACAUCCGAUUUUCUUUUUACUUCUUGUACAUAAAACUCAAACAUUGUAUUUGUUUUUAUAUGUCAGUCAAUAAAACCUUGCUUCUUAA